ACAACCGCACAAAUGGCGAACGGCCAGAACCCAUGGAAGUAUGAGCCAAACGUUGGUCUCGCAACCAUCGUUUGUAUCAUUUUCAUCUUCUUGACCACACUCCAUGGCUACCAACUCCUGCGAACCAGAACUUGGUACUUCAUUGCCUUCUGGAUAGGUGGUGUUCUCGAGUGUAUCGGGUAUCUUACAAGAAUUUGGUCUGCCAAGCAAAAGCCAGACUACUCCACGGGACCAUAUGCCAUCAGUCAGAUCAUGGUGCUGAUCGCACCUUCGCUCUUCGCUGCUAGCAUGUACAUGGAACUCGGACGCAUCAUCCGCCUCGUUGGAGGAGAAGCCUACUCCCUCGUGCGAGUCUCCCGGCUCACAAAGAUCUUCGUCAUUGGCGAUAUCAUUGCCUUUUUGGCACAAGCUGGAGGUGCCGCUCUCCUCUCCUCCGACAGCGUCAGCACAUCCAACACUGGCCAGAAGAUCCUCAUCGUCGGUCUCGUGAUCCAAAUCAUCUUCUUCGCCCUCUUCGUCGUCGUUUCCCUCGUCUUCCACAUGCGCAUCGCCGGCAAAGCCACGGAGAAGAUGAUGCAAUACCCAUCGAUGCCAUGGAAGAAGCACUUGGUCAACAUCUACGUCGCAUCCACCUUGGUCCUCAUCCGUUGCAUCUUCCGUCUGAUCGAAUACGCUGCCGGUGAGGAUGGAUACCUGCUCACCAACGAGUGGCCCAACUACGUCUUUGACACUCUGCUCAUGAUCAUCGUCAUGGUUGCUUUCAACGUCAUCCACCCCAGUGAGGUCAAGGCUCUGCUCAACGGCAACGGUCGCGCCAUGAGGAAGAUUGUCAAGUCGCACUUUAUCUCCCUGCCGGGUCUGGAGGGCAACGGCGACGAUGCUGCCAAGGAGGCCAACGGACACCACAUGGAGCAGUUCUCAUCACGAGUCUAAGUCUGCUGCUGUGGGUGUUGGGACAAGUCGGUCGACUGACUGUGACCAAGAAGUGUGGCUGGGGGUGCAGAGAAGGGAGAAGAAGAAGGAAAGAUGCGCAUUGAUGGAUCUGGAGAAUCAACAUUGUAUCAUGGGAUCAAAAAGAAUCAAAGGCGUUUAGCGAUGUUUUGGAUCAUAGCUCGGGAUGGCUCUUUUUUUUGUUGUAAAUGUGUGUGUGUGCGAGCAAGAGGGAGAAAGGGAG